UGCACCGAGGCUCUGCGCUUGCGCCAUCUCCGAUGGAUACGCUUCCGGAUCUCUGAAUUCUUCUAGGCUAGGCUCCCGCUGGUCCUAGGCACAACUGUUCCUCGGGACCUUUUAGGAACAAUAAGAGAAGCGAGGAUUCCCGGGAGCCAGAGAAGACCGAGUAGCGAGCUCGGGGCAGGAUCGGAGGGGCCGGGGCCAGCGGAGGCUCGCAGGUGUCCAGGCGAAGCCGCUGGGCGUCAGGGGGCUGCAGGCCUCGGGGCGGGCAUCCUGGGAAGGAGAGAAAAAUUCUCCCUGGUUCAUUCAGAGCUACUCGCGGGCAUUCCCUCAAGCAGUUGCUUCCAGGAUGAAGCAGUUGCUUCCAGGAUGAAGCAGUUGCUUCCAGGAUGACAGUGGUGAGAGGCCCUUUCCUUCCACGGUGUGUGUGCAAGCCGCUGUAAGAGCUGCCGGUCUGCUGGUCCCCAUUCCUCCUCACCCAGCCCUUCCAUCACCAUUCCUGGCUCCUGAAAAUGAGCAGUUCCCAGAGAUCAGUUUCCUUCAAGGAUUUGGCUGUGGACUUCACCCGUGAGGAGUGGCAGUGUCUGGGCCCUGCACAGCGCCUCCUGUACAGAGACGUGAUGCUGGAGACCUACAGGAACCUCAUCUCACUGGGGUUCCGUGUUAGCAAACCAGAAGUGAUCUUAAAAUUGGAGCAAGGAAAAGAGCCUUGGACAGUGGAAGAAUUGCCAAGUCAGAACCAUGCAGGGAAGUGUGAAGACCGAGCAGAAGAUGACGAUAACUCAGAGAAAAACAAGGGAAUACAGGACAAACAUUUGAAGCAAUUCUUAGGCUUCGGUAACAAAACGAUGCCAGAAAAAGCCACUCUGUUUGUGAAAACAGUUGCUCUUGACAUCAAUACUGUUUCUUCAGAAAAAAUGUUCCAUAAAUAUGACCCAGGUGAGAGUGGCUUGAAAACUAAAUCAGAAGAAACUAUUGCAAAGCAAAGCAAAGCAAAUACAAAGGUCAUUGCUGAGCCUGCCGCGUGUGAGAAGCCACUGCUCCACACGAAGCCUGACGAAAGCCAUUCUGGGACAAAACGGAACAGAUGUGGUGAGGUUAGGGGUGUUAGGUGUCGAGGGGAAGGUGUCACUCAAGACCAGAACAUCCAGUCAUUUCUUCAACCUUCUGAACAUAAUAAGGGUGGGAAACCCGUCCUCCAAAAGUCAGCCCACUCUGCAGGGACAGAGGAAUGUGCUGACAGAAAGCGAAACGAAUGUGCUGAGUGUGGGAAGACCUUUUCUAAGAGGUCCACCCUCAUCGUACACCAGAGAAUCCAUACAGGAGAGAGACCCUACGCCUGUAGUUAUUGCAGGAAAACUUUUCGUAUAAAGGCAAGCCUCACUCGACACCAGCGAAUCCACACUGGGGAGAGGCCUUAUAAAUGCAAAGAGUGUGGGAAAGCCUUCAUUGACAAAUCUGCCCUCAUUGUGCAUCAGAGAAUUCAUGGCGGAGAGAAAUCCUAUGAGUGCAGCGAAUGCGGGAAGACCUUCUUUCGGAAGUCAGCCCUGGCUGAGCAUUUCAGAUCGCACACAGGGGAGAAGCCUUACAAAUGCAAGGAGUGUGAGAAUGCCUUCGGCAAGAAGUCUUACCUCAUUGUACACCAAAGCACUCACAGAGGCGAGAAGCCAAAUGAAUGUAAGGAUUGUGGGAAAACCUUUUUCUGUCUGUCAGCCCUGACAGCGCACCAGAGAAUCCACACAGGGGAAAAGCCCUACGAGUGCAGCGCGUGCGAGAAAACAUUCUUUUGCCAGUCGGCCCUCAACGUGCAUCUGAGAAGUCACACGGGAGAGAAGCCCUACAGAUGCCGCCAGUGUGGCAAGUUUCUGUGCACCAAGUCUGCUCUCGCUGCACAUCAGGUCAUCCACAGAGGCAAGAGGUCUUUCGGAUGUAAUGAAUGCGGGAAGCUUUUCUACCUUAAGACCACACUCACGAUACAUCAGAGGACUCACGCCGCAGAGAAGGGUGAUGUGCUGAGUAAGUGGGGUCAAGCACCCACUGCCAGGUCCGACUGCAGUGAACAGAAAAAAGUCGACACGAAGGAGAGUCAUUACGAGUGCCCCGAGCACAAGCACACAGCCCACGAGAACUCUCGCCACUUUGCACGUAAGAGGACCAUAUGGGAGAGGCCUUACGAAUGUCACGAGUGUGGGAGGACCUAUUGCCGGAAGUCAGCGCUCCGGCACCAUCAGAUGACGCACACGGGAGAGAGGCCCUAUGAGUGUAAGGAGUGCGGGAAAACCUUCUGCCAGAAAGUCUCCUUUAUCGAGCACCAGCGAACUCACACCGGGGAGAAACCACAUAAGUGCAAACAGUGUGGGAAAUCUUUCCGCCAUAAGUCAGCAUUCACGGUGCAUAAGAGAAUUCACACGGGGGAGAAACCCUAUUUGUGUAAUGAAUGCGGCAAAAGCUACCGCCGACUCUGGACUCUGACUGAACACCAGAAAAUACACACGGGGGAGAAACCCUAUGAAUGUAACACGUGUAAGAAGACAUUUCGCCAUAAGUCAAACUUCCUGUUACAUCAGAAUACUCACAAGAAGUAAAUUCCUGCAAGGCAACGGGUAAUUUACAUAAUGCUCAGAUCCUGAAUCAUGCAUAAAGGAGUGAGACCGUGUCAUUAUCUAUAGACUACUGGAAGAUUUUCUGCUGACAUCAGCCCUGUGACACCAGAGAGCUCAUGUAGGCAACAUACAGUUUGUUUUAUGAACUUGAGACUUUCAGUGUUACUGUGAAAACAUUCAGCAUUUCAAACAUUACACCAGGUGUGCCUGCCUCCCUUUCAAGUCCUGAAACAAAUAGUAAUCCCUACUUGAUUACCCACAGUCAAUUUACAUAGUGUGUUACCAGAUGAGAGGGUCUAGCCUUGAUUCCAUAUCACUACCAUUUGUUCUGUGAUAACUGAAUCGUUUCUGCUAUGAGUUUACAGUAGUAACAGCUCAGACUACACAACCCGCACGUCUUCUGUCCCUGUUGUUGUCCAGUGACAGACCCCAUCCCUUUAGCUGCAGAAGUGAGGAGGCAGACUAACCCUAACCACAGUUCCCCUUGCCCACCUGCAGUGACUCUCACAUGAGAGAAAACUGGAGUUUUCUCAUGAGAGGUAGCGUGUAAGUGCCCCCUGGAGCUUUCAGGUAAGCUAAGAAAACAGCCAUUGCAGGUACCAUAACAAGAACAACAAAAAUGUAGUGAGCAGAUUUGAAUAGUGAAGAGGAUUUGGGGGCUGUUGAAAUCAAAACACUGUCUCUGCUUUAGUAUUUUAAAUACCUCUGUCCCCAUAGUGGUUUGAUAUGUCAUUGUUUUAAAAAAAACAAACAAACAAAUAAGAAUCUCGAAUUUCUAAUAAACAUGUCUGUAAGGG